AUGGAUCUGGAAAGCAAUAAAAUUGUGGACAUUCAACUAGUACAGAGCAACGAAGUCGGAGGCAGUGCACACAUGGAGAAGGAAGGACUCAGAAGAGGUCUUGAUCUUCUGGAGUCCAAACAGUUGGACGUGGACUAUAUUGUAACUGAUCGCCACCCACAAGUGCAGAAGUAUCUAAGGGAGAGAAAUGUCAAACAGUACUAUGAUGUUUGGCACCUCGAGAAAGGCCUAUCCAAAAAAUUGGACAAAUUGUCAAGAAACAAAGACUGCCAGGUGUUGAGAAAGUGGUUGCAGGGUUUAAAAAACCACAUGUACUGGUCAGCCAUGACAUCCGAGGAAGGACCUGAAAAGGUUGCCAAGUGGAAGAGUGUAGUUAAUCAUAUGCAGAAUGUCCACACUCAUGACGAUCCACUAUUCCCCAAGUGCGCUCAUCCAGAUAGAGUGACCAGAGACCCCAGUAAAUGGUUAACACCAGGUACCAUGGCACUUUAUAAGGUAGAGAAGCUGCUCCUCAAUAAAAGAAUUCUGAAAGACGUGGCAAAGCUGAGCCACCAACAUCAAACUUCAGCUCUUGAGUCAUUUCACAGUGUCAUACUGAGAUUUGCCCCAAAGAAUGUAGUCUUUCCUUUCAUUGGAAUGCUGUGCAGGCUCUAUCUUGCCGCAAUGCAUUUCAAUGAGAAUGCAAACCGUGAACAGGCAAUGACCUUAGAGGGCACAGUAGUGUACAAGAUGGUGUUUCCUAAAGCAAAGAAGGGGCAGCCUACAGUGAAGGCAGUGAAAACUGAGCCCACAUUUGGAUACGUCAGUGACCUGAUGAGAUUGCUGUUCACGGAGGUAUUUGACAACCCUGACACCUAUGUUGAGGAUCUGCGGAAAGUUCCUGUUCCAGACACUGCAUGA